AUGUUGAAAAAUAUUGAAAAUACUGUAAAAAAAAUUGUAAUAAAACAUACAGUAAAACAAGAAGAAAAAUAUAAAAAAAGACUCACCGAGUUAUUUGGAGAUCAAUCAAAAUUAUUAGAAGACAUCAAGAUAAAUAAAUCUGUCCUAGUAACCUCAAUUUCCAAGAUGAAAGAAGAUAAUCUCACUCUUGUGGUUCAAUGGAACUUUGAUGCAUUUGAUAUAAACAGAAGUAGAGACAGAAAUCCAUUACAUACUAUCGACAAUCUUAUCAAAUAUAUCCAAAACUCAGGUGGUGAAGACUUAUUCAAUCUACAUACAAUGUUCAUGUUUCAAACUGAAAGAGAUUUUUAUGAAUGUGUACGUCACUUUCCAGCUUGGUCACGCCAUACCAUUGGACUUGAUGAUGUUGCUACCACUCUUAAGAUAGUACAUCAUAAUAUAUAUGAAGUUUUUCAAUACGAGUUUGCUUUCAACUGGCCUUAA